AUAGCGUUUGCAAAUUAACAUACAAAACUCCUUAUCCUGCAACUCCGUCAGGCUUUUGUUUUGUUCUCCAGACGUUGAUGCCCGAGGAGGUCGUUUGCGCCGUGGAUGAAGGAAAGAAAAUUGAAAGGCACUAAGGGCAAAUCUUGGACGGAGCCGACUCGGGAAAGGAGCGGAGCCCAACUUUCUACGAUGAACUACACCGUAAUUUCAAUGACACAGAAAUAACUUUUCAUUUAUAUUUUACUACAUAAUGAUAGGCUAUUAUAUAAGCCUACAUACAGCAGGGUUGUCGGUUUAGGAGCUCAAUUCUGCCGACUGGGCGUGCACCUAUGAAAGAGAAACAAACACAGGCACGACGAAGGACAGGAGGAUAGCAUGUCAACAAGCACACUCAUCCAACCCAGCCUCAGGGAGAAGAAAGGCAGCUUCUUCAAGCUGAUCGACUCAUUUGCCUGGGAGAUCGGAACUCUGAAGAGGGAGGUGGUGCAGAAGGCUGAGCCAGCAGAGAGGGACCCAGAGCCUGUCAUACUACAGGGGCUGGAUGGGGAAGUGGGAGGUCUGUUUCUACAGGCUCCUCCCUGUGUUGGUGUGGGGGCACGGCUGGCUGGAGCUAGAGAUUCAGGCUACGACUCGUUGCGUAGAAGGAUGAGUGUGCUGGACAGGCUGGUGCAGACGCACGUUGUGUGGCUGCAGCUGGGACUUAACCAUGCAGACUCCACAAGCAUACUGGAACCGCAGCCCACCGGGACGUUUUUGGUGAGGAAGUCGACUACCCUGCAGAGGAAGGUGAUCUCUCUGCGUAUGCAUCAGGACUCUGAGACACCCGUCAAAGACUUCCCUGUGAAGGAGAGUCAAUACACAUUCUCCUUGGAGGGAUCGGGCCUCGGCUUCGCAGACCUGUUCCGUCUUGUGGCCUUCUGCUGCAUCAGCAGGGAUGUCUUGCCAUUCACCCUAAAGCUUCCUGAAGCCAUCUCUGCAGCCAGGACACCAACAGACUUGGAGGAGGUGGCCAAGCUAGGAGCAGGUUUCUGGGACUCUGAGCAUUGCUGCAAAAGUUCUGUCUCCCGGUUGUCCGGAACAACCAUCCAGGACCAAUCACUCAGCCCCCUGGUCACCCGCACCCCGUCCCAGCUUGAGUGUUCCCAGUCCAACGGGGCUCUCUGCUUCAUCAACCCCCUCUUCCUGAAGGUUCACGACCCAGAGGGGGGCAACAACACCCCUCCCUCCUCCACUAGCUACUACAACAACCCCCACCACCUAAACAAUAAUAAUACUACAACAACUACAGCAACAACGGUACAAGUUCAACAGCACUGUACCAGCAACCCGGAGCAACUUAUCGACUGCACAAAUAGCCCUCAACCCCCUAGCAACAGCCCUCAGAGUCCUAGCCCUGGCAACAGCCCCCAGCAUUAUAACAACAGUGUGAGCCAGGCUAAGAGCGUGUCCCGCCCACCACCGCCUCGCCCCCCACCUCCCCAUUGUGCUCCCCGUCGCCCUGCCCCUCCUCGACGCCAGUGCAGCAUGCCUGAGAAGAUUUCCUGGAUCAACCCCCCCAAAGAGAAGGACAGGGUGGGAGAGAGGGAGAAAGGAGGAGAAAGAGAGAAGGGCGGUAGCCUUCUCUCCCGCCUGGGCUCCUCUCUCAGCAUCAGUCCAUCCUCUUCUUUCCUCUUAUCCUCCCCUCCUAAGAAGCUCAGCAUCAGUGCCCCCAUCUCUAUUCCCUUGUCCCUCUCCUCCCCAAGUAGGCCGAAACCCACGCCACCAAGCGACGUCGACUGCCAUCUUGCUCUCGAUGACCAGACUAUUGAGAACGCCAUUUCUCUCAGUCUGGCUAAGCUGUCACUGAGAAACGCCACAACCCCUGACGACAACACAGAGGGAAACAGUCCGUCCACUCAAGACCCAGCCCCCUCCCGUCGAGAGGAAGGAGGAAGAGAAAGAGGAGGAAGAGGGGACAGUGUGCAGCGCCUGAGCGACAUGAGCCUUUCCACCGAAUCCUCUGCCGACUCACUAGACUUUUCCCAGGGCUUCUUCCCCCCUCUCUCUGAACCCAGCCCCCCCACCACCAACAACCUGGUCCUGCCCCCCCUCACCCACCCCUACAGCAGCAUGGAGGAAGAUGAUGAUGAUGAUGAAGACGAAGCAGACUUCGGCGGGAGCCUGGAGAGCGACCAAGACCAGGACCUGACCAUCACCCCUCCUGGGCUGCGCACCAAACGGCGAGCCAGCGCCGGGGCCAUGGUCAUCCAGCGGGCCCUCAGGGGCCACCUCCGUAAAAUGAGUGGGGUGUUCAACUCGCUGAUGACCCCAGAGAAACGGGCCAUACGGAGAGUCCUGGAGCUGUCGAGGGACAAGGGGUCUUACUUCGGCUGCCUGGUGCAGGACUACCUGAGCUUCCUGCAGGAGGGAGGCGGCAGCCAGGCCUGGCAGUGCCACGCAUCAGGACUGGAGUUGCUGCAGACGCUACGCCAGUUCAUCACCCAGAUGAAGAGCUACCUGCGGCAGAGCUCUGAGCUGGAGCCUCCCAUCGAGUCACUCAUCCCAGAGGACCAGAUCGACUAUGUCCUAGAGAAGGCAAUGCAUAAGAUUGUCCUGAAGCCCCUAAAAGGUGUGGUGGGAGUGGCCCUCCAGGAGUUCCAGGUCCGCAGCGGGGCAUGGCAGGAGCUUAAGGAGAACCUCUCAUUGGCCAAGGUCCGGCAGCCCCAGGAAAUGGGCGUGACCGACGCACUCCCUCCAGAUCCAGUCGCCAUAGAGAAGAUCCGGCACAAGUUUCACACCAUGUGUAAACUCUACUCCCCUGAGAAGAAGGUGACCAUGCUGCUGCGCGUGUGUAAACUCAUCUAUACCAUCAUGGAGGACAACUCAGGUCGUCUGUACGGGGCAGAUGACUUCCUGCCCAUGCUGACCUAUGUGUUGGCCCAGUGUGACAUGCCUCAACUAGAUAACGAGAUCCUCUACAUGAUGGAACUGCUGGACCCCUCUCUGCUCAAUGGAGAAGGUGGAUACUACCUGACCAGUGCGUACGGAGCCAUGUCCCUCAUUAGGAACUUCCAAGAGGAGCAAGCAGCUCGUGUACUCAGUUCUGAAACACGCAACACACUCCACCAGUGGCACCGUCGCCGCACCACCCAGCGCACUGCUCCCUCUGUAGACGACUUUCAGAACUACCUGCGAGUGGCGCUCCAGGAGCUGGACAGCGGCUGCACGGCCAAAACCCUGCAGGUGCAGCCCUACGCCACCACAGAGGAAGUCUGCCAGAUCUGUGCCUACAAAUUUAAAGUUCCCGACCCUGAGGAUUACGCUCUGUUCCUGCUCACUGAGGGCUCGAGCCAGCAGCUAGCCCCUGACACAUACCCCCAGAAGAUCAAAGCUGAGCUCCACAGUCGACCCCAGGCCGCACCUUUUCACUUCGUCUUCCGUCGCGUGGCUAACCUCAAUGAACUGGACGUGACCUCUUUUGACCCCCAGUCCAUCCUCAAUGACGUCACCCUUACCACGGACUCUGAGCCCAAUCACAAUGAUGUAGCCUUAACCCCUUCGGACCCCCAGGCCAACUUCAACCUGGGUCUCAGUCCCAGUCUCAGCCUCAGUCUACCCCCCAACCAGCAAAAUGGCAACUCCAUAUCUAUCUGAGGCUGCAGGGCUGGAAACCCUCCAUCUGGACAUUCUUUCUGUAACCCAACAAAACUGAUCUGAGCUGUGUUUAACUGGAUUGAACUGGGCCUAACUGGGUUAAGCUGAGCCAUGCUGAGUUUAGCCAAAACAAACUUCCCGUUUUGAUGAAUCUUCUGUCUAGCAGGGCGUCCUCAAAGCGGAAAGCUUUGUCUAAGUACAGGAGGAAAGGAGAGGAAGAGGGAAGGAAAUGCGACAGAUGGGGUUAUUUUGCAGCUCUAUUUGUGAACCUUUGGGACAUGGCACUCAAGGAGCACACGUGAGGGCAAACGCCACUCACAUAAAGGAUGGAUAUGGAUGGAUAAAGUGAGGGCCAACACCACUCACAUUAAGGAUGGAUAAAAGCUUUGAAAUAGUCUUGUUACAGACAGACCGUCUAUACGGUCAUACUGCAAAAGUGUCUGAAAGUUCAGAUUCGGGUCAGUUUUUGGUUUGUAACUCCUAGUGGUGAAGCAAAGGAUAAGUCGAGGGAAAGCUGAUCUCAGAUCUGUGGAUAGGGGUAACUUUUGUCUGCAAUGGUUCAAUCUAGUGAUGUACUCAUUCUGUCCAUUCACUUUUUCUUCAGACAGAAUAUAGCCUUUAUAGCAAAUAUACAGCAUUUACUUUAUCUGGGUGAUAGCCUACAUCUAUUAUGAAUUACUUGUUGCAGUUGCUGGUAAAAUUGCAGGAUAUGUAUUUUUAUGGAAUAUUGUUUUAUCAUUGCAUGUUCUUUUCUUUGUUAAAUGUUAAAGCGGGCAUGUCUGCCAGUGACGAAAUAAUGAACGUCCUUAAUGUUAUGAUUAUCCAGGAGAUAUGAUACUGUACAUCCCUCAUAGCUAAUCCUUAGUUAGAGGUCAUUGCUGUCAUAGUGAUUGUGUGAUAUAUGAUUGACUGGCUUGGUCUACAGUACCGGCGUCAAAUCCCAGACAAGGUCAUGAAAUAAUGUACUACUGACAAAUAUUAAAAGUAGGCCUAAAUUGCCUUGUGAAAUUUGGUGUGUCAAUUCUCAAGCUGGUCUGAGAUUAUGCACACACACACACACACACACACAAAUGCACAAACUUGUGUGUGUUUUGGCUCUUGGCUGGUAAGAUUUUGAGCAUUGGGUAUGAGGGCAUAAGAGAUUUGCAAGGACGCAGAUUUGAGAAAAAAUAAGAAACCUGCACACUGCUCUUGCUAGGUAUCACUGCUCUUUUUUUAAGCUUUGACAAAGGCCUUGAGUCGAUACGUGAAGGUUAAUAAAGAGCAGUGAUACUAGCAAGCGCAAUGUGCAGGUUUCUUUUUCAAUUGUUACCAUGCACCUGCAACAAAGAUAGCUAAGAUGUGCGAGUGCCUUUUGAAUUUUGAAUGACACAGAUUUAAAAGACGGAGAGUGAAAAGAAUGAGAUGUGAAGUAGAACUGAAUCAUUAAUAAAAUAAGGCUCUAAUGUUUCGUUAACUGAACACAAAUCAUGUUUAAACAUUGCAUUCUAUUAAUGUAUCAGUACUUCAAUGUUUACCAUUUUGAAAUGUAGAGUUGGGCAUUGCUGGUGUUGUAGAAUGAUAACAGAAAAGUGAAAUGGUAAAUGUGAUUGAGGAAAGGUUGAGGAGGCAAUAGCAUUAUUGUUAAACACUAUGUAGCUUAUAAUGUUAGUUAAAAAUAUUGAAAUAUAUUUAAACUUUUUUGGGACUUAGGCGUUAUCCUGUUUUAAAUGUACUUAUACUGUAAUACAAUUGCUACUCUAACAAGAUUUUAAAUGAUACACAUUUUUGUAUUUAUAUGUAUCUGUGCUGGGAUUUUUUCACAGAUUGCAAUAUAACAGAUAUGGAAAAAGCAGUCUUCCAAGAUCAACAAGAAAUGUACUUAUGUUCCUACGCUAAAGACUCUCUGUACGUAUCAUUGAAUGAUAUUAUUUUGCACUCAAUAAACUUUGGUCAUGAAUUUGACUGUG